AUUAGGGAUUGCAGAGAACCAAAGCUUCAGAUCGACUUGGUACCUUCCAUUCCUCCUAGUUGUGAUCGGCUUAACGAAGCAAGAAGGCGACUCGUUUGGUUGAGCUUCUACCGCGGAGCAACAUUUCCGAUGACGAGUUAGGCGGUCGAUUCGAGUGGAUCACGGUUAUAGAUUCGAGCCGCUCGAAGCGAUGAGCCGGUGGCGCAGGCGAAGCCCGCGAAGCAAACCCCUGUUCCUCCUCUCCGUCGCCGUUCUCCUCCUCUUCGCCCUCUUCCUCGCCUUCCGCCUCUCCUCGCCCUCCGAUCUACUCCGAUCCCUCGUCUCUUCAUCCUCUCCCGCCGCUUCCUCCACCGCAACCCUUGCUCCCGCCCGAUCGCACCAAUGCGGCGUCUCUCCCUUCGGAGAGCGGUUCCUAUGGUACGCCCCCCACAGCGGGUUCAGCAAUCAGCUGUCGGAGCUCAAGAACGCUAUCCUCUUCGCCGCCAUCCUCAACCGUACCCUCAUCGUGCCUCCCGUGCUCGAUCACCACGCCGUCGCCCUAGGUAGCUGUCCCAAAUUCAGGGUGACCAGCCCGACGGAGCUCCGCACGAGGGUUUUUGAUCACAUCAUGGAUCUGGUUCGGGAUCGGAGGUAUGUGUCAAUGGGUGACAUAAUUGAUUUAUCAAGAUUGCCAUCAUCUGUGGUUAGAACGGUAGAUUUUCGGAUAUUUUUGUCAACAUGGUGUGGAUUAAACAUGGAGCGUGCUUGUUCUGGCAACUUAUGCUGCACCAUUUCUGCCGACAGAGCUAUAACUGGCAAUUUUGACCAGUGCAGAUCAUUGUUUUCUGGUAUGCAGGGUAAGGAUAACCAGUGUGUGUAUGCCGUAGAAGAUGACUGUAGGACAACAGUUUGGACAUAUCUUGAGAGCAACAGAGAAAUAUUGGAUUCAUUCCAGCCUGACAAGGAGUUACUAAUUAAGAAGAAAUUUUCAUAUGUCAGGAAGCGUAGAGAUAUAAGUAAAGCUCUCGGACCUGGGUCAGAAGCUGAAAUGUCCAAACUGCUGGCUUUUGGCACACUUUUCUCAGCACCUUACAAAGGUUCAGAGCUGUAUAUUGAUAUUCAUGAAGUACAAGGAAAAAAUCAUGUACAAUCUCUGCUCAAGGAAAUUGAGUACCUUCCAUUUACCCCAGAAAUCAUGGCUACUGGUAGGAAGUUUGCUCUGAACAGUAUUAAGCAGCCUUUUAUGUGUGCCCAGCUUAGGUUGUUGGAUGGGCAGUUUAAGAACCAUUGGAAGACUACUUUUUCAGCUGUCGAGCAGAAGCUGAAAUCCAUAGAUUUGAAACCUACUGACAAUAUGAGCAAUGAUCCAAUUCAUAUUUUUCUGAUGACAGAUCUACCUACUGUUAACUGGACUGACACUUACUUAGACGACCUUGCAAAAGAUGCUUCCUAUCAACUGCAUGUUUUGGAUGAAGGUUCUCAAUUGGUUGUAGAGGCUGGCAAAAGACUAAUGGCAUCAGAACAUGGCAUCAGGUCUAGUUUCCUUCCAAGAAAUUAUGAUGGAUUUAAUAAGAAGAAACGUUGUGACCCAGUGUUCACACCGGAUAUUCUUUUAUAUGUACAAGAAUCAGUUUGUUGCUGUGCAUCAUUAGGAUUUGUGGGCACUCCAGGUUCAACUAUAGCAGACAACAUUGAGCUAAUGAUGAAGUACAAUGCCUGCAAAUCAUAGAAUUUUUUCUUCAUCAUUCUUUUAAUGAGAGAAGUUUCUCAUAAUUGAUUCCAGAGCAAACUUUGAAGAAUUAUCUGGACCUAAUCAUUCCUGAAGAGAAGCUGGAAAGAUAUAAUAUACUUGAAGCAGUAUGUGGACAACAUACAACUCAGGCGGUUUUAUUUAGCCUUUAUGUAUUUGUUGUAGUCUUAAUGAAGCCAAGUACUUUCUUUUCCCUUUAUAGAGCAGAAAAUACUCAUAAUGCCUGGUUCCAUGUUUGUGAAGAAUACAAUUGGCUUGAGUUAAAGCUGCAUUUUCUUGUGAACUCUGAUUGGGAUAUGUUAAAGUCUAGUAAGAAUAUUAUAAAUUUGACAAGGCACAGUUAUGAAAA